AGUGCUAGGAGAAAUGCUUUUCAUACCGCCCUGAAUGUCUCACCUGCGUUUCCGUACUGCACUCAGGAAGUAAAAUUAUACAAGAGCAUGUAAGAUGGCCCCCAAACCAUUAGCACCGUUAGCAAAGAGACUGUUCAAAGGAGUAGUACUACUUGAAGUGGCAGGUGUGCUAGGUGCUUAUGGUCUUUUUUACAAGAUGAACACAAGUCAAGAUUUCAGGAACAGUAUGAACAACAUGCUUCCCUCUGUCCUGGAAGUUUAUUACAAGUCCAACGAAUAUGCUGGAGUUUAUGGGAUUCGAGAGAAAGACCUUGAAGAUUGGUCCAAGAAGGCAUAGAGGGUCUUGACGUCUCUGCCUCGGACCCAGUCGUCUCUCUGGGCUUCCCACUUGAGCUGCCUGACACCUGGAGGAAGAGAAGACGGAAGAGCAUUGAGCAAAAACCACAGACUGCAUCCUCUACUAAAGUUAGGUCAUCCUCUGUAUUCAAAAACCACAGACUGCAUCCUCUACUAAAGUUAGGUCAUCCUCUGUAUUCAAAAACCACAGACUGCAUCCUCUACUAAAGUUAGGUCAUCCUCUGUAUUCAAAACCCACAGACUGCAUCCUCUACUAAAGUUAGGUCAUCCUCUGUAUUCAAAACCCACAGACUGCAUCCUCUACUAAAGUUAGGUCAUCCUCUGUAUUCAAAAACCUGCUCCAUAUGAAAUGUGCCCGGUGGUUAUCAUCUUAGGGUUACCUUUAGAUCAGUGGUUCUCCAUCCUGGUCCUAGGGACCCAAAGAGGUGCACAUUUGUUUUUGCCCUAGCACUACACACCAGAAUCAAAGCCUGAUGAGUUUACGAUUUUAAACAGGUGUGUAGCGCUAAGGCAAAAACUAAAAUGUGCACCCCUUUGGGUCCCCAGGACCAGGAUGGAGAACCACUGCUUUAGAGCCAUCAUGCUUGAGAGAAUAGUCUAUUCUGUGCAACUUUAAAAGGACUAGUAGAGUAUGACUGGGUGUGCUAUAGGGCGUUGGCGGUUAAUCGGUUAGCCACUGAAAAUACAUUUGACAGGUCAUGCUCAUCAAUCUAUAGGUUAACCUGCAUUAUUUGGUGGAAUUAAAUUGGCGUGUGUGUAUUUUCAUUAGUCGUCAUGCAUCUUAUUUAUCACAUGCACACACCCUAGUUUGAGGAGUGGAAUGACCUGUCAGACAGCGUAAGAGCAGGUCCUCAAAAAGCUGGUACUGGAGUGAAACAUGCUUUUGUAUGCCCAGUCAUUGUGCAACAAAUAAUUCUAAAUGUAAUCGUGUGUUAAUGGUUUUGAUGGCCACGAUUAAAAAGAGCUGCCAUGUUUAUUUAUUAUUAAAGCGCAUAGGCUAUCAUGUCACUCAUUACUUUACAUGUGAGCUUGAGGUAGUAAUUGUUUGAAACCCACAACUUUUACUUUACUUCAAAUAAUGAGGAAGGUCUUACCUUCAAAGUAGCCAAAAUCUAACCAUAGAAAUGUGGAGGCAAUUAUUUUAUAAAAUUACCCAGAAUUUCUGUUCUAUUGGUUUCAUAUCAACUUUCUUUCGUUCUCCAGAAGCCAAAGGCACAAUCCUAGCCCUAUUAGCAGCCCGUCCGAGUUGUUGCUAUUAGAUUCCCCCUUUAAGUUUCUUAAAGGAGAGUUUCAUAUGGAACCCCUUGCAUUAGAGGUGUGUUGUUUAGAGCGGUAUUUUCUGGCAAAUUGCAUUUUGACAAAUGUCUGAAAAUCACACUUUAAUUAUCUGCUUCAUUACAACAGGUGCAUGUUCAAUAAUAGUCUAUAGCCUUUUGACUGGAAGACAAUAGACUUGCUAUUGUUGUAUUAAGCGCUUAAUGAAAAAUGUCAGUUUCUUGUAUGCGUGCAUAGUAUUUUCUAUUGGUCACGUCAUUUUACUGUCUAGAAAAAAUGUAACACUUUGUUGACCAGUUAAUGAGGGUUGGUUUGGUUGGUUAAUCAACAAAAUUGCCCUAAAUGUGCAUCCCUGGUGUGCUCUAAACUGCUGUGUAGAUACUGGCUCUCUCCAUGGGGGAUAUACUGUGGUUUUCCACUAGUAUCUAGCCAACUGAGUAAAGUAAUUUAUAUGAA